AUUGAACAAAUGGAAUUGGAAGUCAGGGAAGUAACAGGAGAAGAAAAAACCAAACUGACAAAUAGACUUAAAGCUUACACGAAUGAAAUGAAAAGAUUUGAUCAGGAUUUGAAAAAAGCAAAGGUAGCAUUCUCUGAUCAAGAGGGUAGACAUGAACUUCUUAGUGGUGAGGAUUCUCAUAACUCAGAAGAUCAGAGAGCCCGAUUGUUGGACAACACUGAAAGAGUGGAACGAUCUGGCAGACAACUUGAUGAAGGUUACAGAAUGUGUGUGGAGACAGAACAAAUAGGAGUAGAUAUUAUGGAUAAUUUACAUAGAGACAGAGAAGUCAUAGAGAGAGCAAGGGAACGGACUCGAGCAACAGAUAAGAAUCUGUCAAAAAGCUCAAGAAUUUUAACAGGAAUGAUGAGAAGGAUUAUACAGAACAGAAUAAUAAUGGCUGUUAUCUGCCUUGCAAUACUGGGUGUUAUUGGACUAAUCAUUUAUUAUGCAACCAAAUGAUAUCACUUAGCCAGUUAGGUGCCUUCAUUCAGGAUUUCACAAAUUUUAAGUAUAGAAUUUAAUCUGAAUUUGUUGAGAAGAGACAAAUUUAAUUUCAGGAAGAAUGUACAUACAUUAAGUCUGAGUUACGAACAAAUUUAUGGCUGUUUGAAGCAAAAAAAAUUUUGGUUUAAACAGGUUUUUUUUUCAAGGAAAUUAAAUUGACCACCUAGGACACAGCCUUUAGGAGCGCAUUUAAACUAAAAGAUUCCAUCUACCAGAGGAAAUUCUUGGUAAUAAACAGUGAAACUUGUAUUAAGCAGAAACUCUGCAUUAAGUGGAUGCUAUCUCAAGUUCCAAAUAUUCCUCAAAUGAGCCUGUAUGAAUCCUCUGACUUCUAAAAGUGAUUAGCAUGUAACUUCUCCCAAUAAUAUCCAUAUAAUAUCAAGCAAACAGGUAAUGAGAGUACUCAAACUUAUCAAGUUAAAGUUAUGAUCUUGAUCUUAUACCAAAUUCUCAUAACUAAGUUGUAAGGAAAUGUGUAGGAGCUGGAGGCAAGAAUUAGUAAUCAGAUCUUGGGAGUUAAAGGAUACCAGCAUGAGUCUUGUUGAUGUCUACUUAUAAUAUCCAACAGGUUUCAAUGCCUCUAUGUGGCGUGAAAAUGUGUACGGACAUUUUCUGAUCCAAGAUGCGAACAGUUUUCUGAGAGCAAAGAUCAAGGGAAACUGUGAGCUUCGAGGAACAGGUAAUGUCCAAGGACAAGUAUACGAGCAUGUUUUCGUGCAAAAUAGAGGCUAUUGUGUUAAUUAUCCUUCAAAUAUUUUGCAACGCGCGUGAAGAAAUGUUUAUGAACAAACAAAUAUAUCCCUCCUUCUGUAGCAACCACAAAACGUUCUCUCAUCUUGACUUAAAAUUGAAACGAUGACUUAUCGUAGAGGACGUAUGGUUCGAAAAUUGGGGAAUAUCACUCGGGUGAUAUCCUCGGAUAUCCCCAGUUUUAGCUGAGGGAUAUUCGGUCAAGUGAUGCGUUUAGACCAGUCGCGCGCGAGUUAAAAUAUUUGAUAGAUCAUAACUAAAAUCAUCAAAUAUCAUUCUCUGCUUCAUUAAAGAGAAUUUAUUUUAACUUGUGAUGUCUUGUUUCAUAAUUAAGUUGUGAUUAACGGGAGACACAAGUUGUCGGUUUUAAAUGAAAA